CACUAGUCAGUAGUCACUGCUCACGACUUCAUUUCCAUUUCCAUUUCUGUUGCAUCAACCGCAAAACCUCCCCCUCUAUUCACUCCCUCACUUUCUCUCUCCUCCUUCACGGCGGCGCCACCACCAGGAACACACCUAUGGGAGGCAGAGGGAGGAGCCGUACUCAGAGGAAACACUUCAAGCAAAGCAGAGAUAAUGUCUGGAAGAACGACGCCAAAUCCGACCCUUCGUCCGCCGUCGCCGACGCCGAUGCCAACGCCAACGCCGAUAAAAAAACCGGCGACGCUGAAAGACGAAGCAAAGGAAACUGGGAGCCAUUGAACACUCACAACGCUGCUUUUGAAGAUUAUUACAAGGAGCAAGGAAUUGUUGCGCCGGAAGAAUGGGAUAAAUACAUGGAGUUUCUACGGAAACCGUUACCUUCCGCUUUUCGAAUUAAUUCCAGUAGUCAGUUCUGUUUGGAUAUCCGCUCACAAUUGGAGAAUGAUUUUGUAAAAUCUCUUCAGGAAGAGUUCACGGGGGAUGAAGCAGAAGCUUUAAGGCCAUUGCCCUGGUAUCCAGACACUUUAGCUUGGCAUUCAAAUUUUUCACGUAAACAGCUGAGGAAAACCCAGACCCUAGAAAGAUUCCAUGAGUUCCUUAAGCUAGCUAAUGAAAUAGGAAACAUAACUAGACAAGAAGCUGUCAGCAUGGUACCUCCUCUUUUCCUGGAUGUACAUCCAAACCAUUUUGUACUCGACAUGUGUGCAGCCCCAGGAUCAAAAACUUUCCAGUUACUUGAGAUUAUUCAUCGUACGAAUGAAACUGGGUCCUUACCAAGUGGACUGGUUGUUGCAAAUGAUGUUGAUGUGCAAAGAAGCAAUCUUCUGAUCCACCAAACAAAGCGGAUGUGCACUGCCAAUUUGAUGGUCACCAAUCAUGAAGCACAGGAUUUCCCUGGCUGUCGGCUCAGCAAAUUUCACCACAAUCCUUCUGACAUUCAGUCUGAAAAGGGGCUGAGUAUAAAUCAGCUUUACUUUGAUCGUGUGUUAUGUGAUGUACCCUGCAGUGGUGAUGGUACUCUUCGGAAGGCCCCUGAUAUCUGGAGGAAAUGGAAUGUCGGAAUGGGCAAUGGUCUUCAUUGCCUGCAGCUUAAGAUAGCUAUGCGAGGCAUAUCUCUGCUUAAGGAUGGGGGAAGAAUGGUGUACUCAACAUGCUCUAUGAAUCCAGUGGAAAAUGAGGCUGUGGUGGCAGAGAUCCUGCGAAGGUGUGGGGAUUCAGUUGAGCUCCUUGAUGUCUCCAAUGAACUUCCUCAGUUGGUUCGUCGUCCUGGUCUUAGGAAAUGGAAGAUCCGAGACAAAGGCGUUUGGCUAUCAUCAUACAAGGAUGUUCCAAAAUAUCGUAGGCCUAAUGUCUUUUCGAGCAUGUUCCCAUCUGGGAGAAAUAUAGUUGAUUCAUCUGAGAAUAGCGGUGAUCAUGGAGUAGCAGCACAGGAAGAUGAUAAGAAUGUAGUUGUGCAGCCACCAACGAAUGACACUGCAUCACUUUCUGAAGUUAAUGAUGAUGAAAUUUCUAGUUAUCCUCUGGAACGUUGCAUGAGAAUUGUGCCCCAUGACCAGAAUUGUGGCGCUUUCUUUAUUGCAGUCUUUCAUAAGCAUUCUUCUUGUCCAGAUGUUCAAGAGAAAAAUGGUGAAAAUGCUCAGUCGCUUCAUAAAAGCGAAAAAAUUGCUGAAGCAGCAACAGAAGAAACAAGCAAUUUGGAUGAUACUUUGGAAACAAAAUCAUGUGAAGCAACUUCAGUAGAUGAUGCAGAAAUGAUUAGAGGUUCUUUAGACAAUGAGCCAAGUCAAACAUUAGAACAGGACGGAUCAGAGGAUCAACAAGGGCUUGAUAAAAAAGAAACUGAUACAAAGAAUGUUGGGAUGAAGAGGAAGCUGCAAAUGCAAGGCAAAUGGAAAGGUGUUGAUCCUGUGAUAUUAUUCAAAGACGAAACUAUUAUUAACAGUAUCAAAUCAUUUUAUGGAAUAGACGACUCUUUCCCCCUGUAUGGUCGUCUUGUCACAAGAAAUAGUGAUAACGACAGUGUGAAAAGAAUCUACUAUAUAUCAAAAUCAGUUAAGGAUGUUCUGGAACUGAAUCUUCUUGUUGGGCAGCAACUAAAGAUAGCUUCCGUUGGCUUGAAGAUGUUUGAGCGCCAGACUUCCAAGGAUGGAAACUCCACAGAAUGUAGAUAUCGCAUAUCAUCUGAAGGAUUGCCUCUGCUGCUCCCUUACAUAACCAAGCAAAUACUCCUUGCACCCAUAGCUGAUUUCAAGCACCUUUUACAAUACAAAUCCAUCAAAUUUGGCGAUUUGGUCGAUGCUGAACUGGUUGAGAAGGCAUCAAAACUAGACUUGGGAUGCUGUGUUGUAGUUUUAAAAGAAGCCAAUCAGGUGUCAUCUUUCCCUAUCAAAGUCGAUUCAUCCACAAUAGCAAUUGGUUGUUGGAGGGGGAGGUCCAACUUAAACGUGAUGGUGACGGGACUCGACUGUAAAGAUCUGCUUGAAAGACUCGAGAAGCGCACGGAAACUGAAAAUGCUGAGUCAGCUGAACCCCAAAACGGCGUGGCAGACGGAGCUUCUAACCUGAUUGACACUGACAUGAAGGACGAUGACAAGAACGACAUUGUCAUGAAGGAAGAAGAAUAAACUACACCAGUAACAUGGUAUGGUUAUUAUUAGUUGAACAAUAUUUUCCCCGUUUUUGCUGCAUUUUUUCCCCCUUGAAAAACAGGGUAAUUACAGUUUUGUGAUAUUGGAUCUUGUCUUCUUUGUAAUACAUUCAUUCAAUCUGUCAGUUUUACAAUCAAAAGAGUGUUUUUGACCA